AUGGCUUUUAAAGACUUGAUCAAUCACUCGUGGCAGGCUGAACCGCAAAAGCUGCUUCGCGAUGCGCCCAACACCACCCGUUCUUCGGCUCAGCUCUGGCUGGCCAAGAGCCUCAACGCCGUUUGUGCCAACAAAGACGGCACUUACGCCAUCGUGGGUGGCCGCGAAAUUUUGCAGUUGAUCACCUAUGAUGCCAACGCCAAUGAGCUCCUGGUGAAGAACAACCUGCGCCGUGGUCGCUCCAACUUGGACCAUAGCUGUAACGACAUUGCCUGGCAGACCAUUGGCAGCGAACAUGUUGCCACCGGUGCCGCCAGUGGCUCUGUCGUCCUCUGGGAUGUAAACAUAGCCGAGAAAGGCCCAAUCAACCGAACGGUACUUGAGGCGCAAGGCCGUGCCAUCAACACGGUUACUUUUUCGCCGACGCGAGCCACAGAGCUGCUGGCGGGUGGUCAGGGCGGCAUUUGCACGCUCUGGGACAUUCGUGGCCCCAGCGCCAGCGCGGCUUUCAAAACCAGAGAUCCCAUUCGCAAGCUUGCUUACUCGCCCAGCACGGACGGUGUGCAUUUUGCGGCUGCUCUCGAGUCGGGUGAGGUACACAUAUUUGAUGUGCGUCAAGAACGGCCGCUCCACCGCUUCAAGUCACAUCAAGGCCCCUGCUACGCCGUGGCCUGGCAUCCUACUACCAAGGGUCGCCUAGCAAGCGGUGGUCGUGACCAAAGCAUUCGCAUCCUGGACGUGGAAAACCCAACCUCGUAUGAUCGGCGCCUCUUCAGCAUCGCAUCGGUCCAGCAGGUUCUGUGGCGCCCCCUUUUCAAGGAUCAUCUAGCCAGUUGUGCCUUCAUCAAUGACCCGAUCAUCAAUGUCUGGAACCUGAGUCGCCCCUACUUUCCCACUCUACAACUCCAUCGGCCACGAGACAUGCGGCCCACCCCAAGCACCCCAGCCGCUGCGGCCUCGAUUGGCGAGCCCGUGUCUGGUUUCCUCUGGGGUCAAGAUGGACGUGAUGAUGGCUUGGUCGUUCGCCAUUCCAUUUCCAGCGGCUACGAACCUCGCCAUGAGCUGGAAGCGCAGUGCGCUGGCUUUGCCUGGGGCGCAGAUCUAGCCUUUGCUACCUUCAAAGGUAAUCAACCGGCUGCGGCCGCCGCAGCCAAGUCCACGGUGAAGCGACGCUCCCUCUUGCGUGACCGCGUGACUGUUGCCGACACCACCCCUAAACAAAUGGCGGAAAGCAUGAUUGAGGUCACAGUCCCCGUUCCACCCGAGACGGCCCCGCCCCCGGCAACCAUGCGCCCAUCAGCAACAUCGUCAUCGCAUGCCGUUCCCGCCAAUGCCAAAGCGGCCAGCAGUCAGCGCCACGCUCACAGCCAAAACAAAAAUGGCUCUCAGUCUUCGCUACACCCAACCUCGGACAAGCCUAACAGACUGGGCUGCUUGGAAAUGUCGCAAGCUGCCCAGAAACUCCUGUUGUCUGAGCAGGAGCGCUUGGCUGCCCUACGCUACCUCGCGUGCAACUACGUGCUGAAGGGCUACGAGCGCCGGGAACUUUGCAAACGAAACGCUGCCGUGGCGCGUGCGGUGGAGCGCGAGGAUCUCGCUUUGACGUGGGAGGCCUUGGCUGCUUGCUUGCUCGUAACAGCUGUAUCACCUCCGCGUCAAUCCUCGAUGGCCAAUUUGAAUUCCACCAGCGCUGCCCCAACAGCUCCCACAGAGCAACCUCGCGAGCCCGAGCAAGCAAAUCCAACGAUGCUCCACGAGGCUGAGUCAUCGCGAGACAUUGUUGUGUCUGACCUGAAAGAGGAGGAUUCUCCAUUUAGGCGUUUGGAAGGAGGCAAUAUCUGGCAGCAGAAGAUGAGUCUUCGGGUGGAGAAGAGGAAUCACUCCCUCAAGCGGCACACGAAUUUUUCUGUACCGGGUUCCGAGGGCUUUUUUGUGCCAGAAAUUCUAGCGCGCAACACGGGAUCGCGCAUUGUCAACCACAACGAAGUGCAGCAAGACUUUCCUGUUGGGUCCAUUUUAUCCGCGACGUUAUGCUUCUAUGCGGACCAGGGUGACGUGCAAAUGUGCUCCCACCUGUUGGUUGUUUUUGGCAACCAGGUGGAUGAAGGCUUUGAACCAGCUUUGCAACGACAAUGCAUCAUGGCUUAUGGUGAACAGUUGAUGCAGUUGGGCAUGUCUCUUCAGAGGACGGCGAUCCUCAAGGCCAGCACGCUAGAGGAGCUACGCGAUCUCAAUCCCCCCGCCAUGGGCCAGGAGUGCUUGACCUGCGUCGGCCCCAAGGGCGCCACUACCAUCCCAGCUGGCGGUGUCUGUCCGCUCUGUCGGCUUCCUUCCAUCUGUGCCAUUUGCCACCAGGUCGUCCGAGGCAUUGCCAGCUGGUGCCAAGCCUGUGCCCACGGUGGCCAUCAAGAGUGCAUGCGAGAAUGGUUUGCGAAGGAAAAUUUUUGUCCAACGGGCUGCAAUCAUUGCUGCCGGCCUGACCUCAUCAACGAUCGGGUGGCUAUGGCCUGAGAGCCGUGUUUGUCUGCUGCGGGCGGGAGGAAGGACCUUAGAUGUCGAGGCCCAGUUGCCAGUUGUCAAUGUAUGCGUUCGAAUUCAAGAUCACAUGGU